UCGAGACCCCAGUAAGAUGGUUCUUUAGGAGACACUAGUCUGCCAUCUUCUCGGUUUGCUGGCUUUCUGAACAAAGUCUUAUUCCUUGUCUGAACACCUCGUCUCUAAUUCAUUGGCCUUUCGUGCAGCAAGUAGAGCCAGCUUGGAGUCAGUAACAAUUUCUCCACAUCAUGUCUUCUGAGAGAGAAGCCCAGAGAAGGAAGAAGAGGAAGACAUGGCAGGUUGUCAUGUCUCAGGGACUGUUGACCUUCCAGGAUGUGGCCAUAGAUUUCUCUGCAGAGGAGUGGGACUGCCUGGACCUCAAGCAAUGGGAAUUGUACAGGGAUGUGAUGUUAGAGAGCUACAGGAACCUGGCCUCCUUGGGACUUGUUGUCUCUCAGCCAGACCUGGUCACCUUAUUGGAGUACAUCAAAGAUCCCUGGGAUGUAAAGAACAUGGAGACAACAGCCCUACACCCUACAGCUGUGCCUUCUCAUGAUACCCAGGGUUUGAUGUCAAAAAAGCCAGGCUUAGAAGACUUAUUCCAAAAAGUGAAGCUGGGAAAAUAUAAAAGAUGUAGCCUUGGAGAAUUAUACUUCAUGGAAGACUGGGAAUCUACGAGGCCAUGUGAAGGGCAGAGAGGAUGUCAUUAUGGACAAAACCAAAUUGGGACAGUUUCCCAUAAUGCAAACAUGACAGGCAAAAGAAAUCAAGGCUAUGAAUCAAAUUGGGGAAAACACCCAUUUAAGUCAUUUACAUUUGUAGAGAAAUGUAUGUUUGUAAGCAAAGACCCACAUCAUUUUUUGAAACGUGUAUGUUCUCUGAAAGGAAAUUUGGAAAAUCUGAAAGUUAUCUAG